UGAGGGAUGUGUAUCAGUGAUUAUUAUGAAGAUCAGUAUUAUGAGUUAAUGGUGUUAUUACAGAUCAGAGUGUAGUUUUUAAUAACAGUAAGAGGGAGAGUCAACAUGAUUUCAGUGUGUACAGAUCCUACACAUCUCUCUGACAGAACUGGAACAGCUGAUCUACAGGAUUGUGUUACACUCCUGAGUUUACGUGGCCUACCACUUCGUGGCUGAGUUGCUGUCAUUCCCAAACACUUCCACGUUCUUAUAAUACAGCUGACAGUUGACUGUGGAAUAUUUAGGAGUGAGGAAAUUUCACGACUGGAUUUGUUGCACAGGUGGCAUCCUAUCACAGUUCCACGCUGGAAUUCACUGAGCUCCUGAGAGCGACCCAUUCUUUCACAAAUGUUUGUAAAAACAGUCUGCAUGCCUAGGUGCUUGAUUUUAUACACCUGUGGCCAUGGAAGUGAUUGGAACACCUGAUUCUGAUUAUUUGGAUGGUGGGAAAACAUGAGAGAGAACAGGAGACACCAUCAGGAAGAAGAAGUCCAGAUGGAGAUCGUCCAAACAUGUCCAUGCAGAAGAUUGUGCAGAUGGGGAAAACUGGAUGUGGGAAGAGCACUUCAGGAAACUCCAUCAUGCCAUCAUGCUCUGAAGCUCAUCAGGACAGUGUUGAGGACAGGAACAUGUGUGUGAGCGAUACUCCAGGUCUCUUUGACACAUCUGUUGAUCCUGUAGAAACAGAUUUAGAGAUAGAGAUAUGAGUGUGUGUGUAGGAGAAUGUGUAGUAAUGCUGUGAUCAUGGUGUUUUUAACAACUUACAGCAGUAUAGACUCAUAGAGAAACUUCACCAUGUCCCUCCUCAUGUCUCUCCUCAUGUCCCUCCUCAUGUCUCUCCUCAUGUCUCUCCUCAUGUCUCUCCUCAUGUCUCUCCUCAUAACCCUCCUCAUGUCUCUCCUCAUGUCUCUCCUCAUGUCUCUCAUCCUGUCCCUCCUCAUGUCUCUCCUCAUGUCUCUCCUCAUAACCCUCC